AAAUGGGACACGGUAUUUGACUUCAUCCGUCGGUCAAAUUCCUGUCGAAGGAUUCAGACGUGUUCAGGACGUGUUUAGGACGCGUUCAGGACGUGUUUAUAUUGUUUGUGCCUUAUUUAAGUCAACAACAACGUUUUACAUGUUUCUGGUCGGACUAACGGGAGGAAUCGCCUCAGGAAAGAGCACCGUGUCCUCUCAGCUCCGGGGUCUCGGCUGUCCUGUCAUCGACGCGGAUGUCGUCGCCAGGAAAGUGGUGGAACCUCAGACCCGGGCGUACCGGCUCCUCGUGCAGUACUUCGGGCAGGACGUUCUGCUGGAGAACGGUGAGAUAGACAGACAGAAGCUCGGUCAGAUCAUCUUCACUGACCCUGAGAAACGCAGGAUGCUAAACUCCAUCACACACCCUGAGAUCCACAGAGCCAUGCUCAAAGAGAUCCUGUACUAUUUCAUCCGAGGUUACCGGUAUGUCAUUCUGGACGUGCCUCUGCUGUUUGAGACGCGUAGUCUCACUCACUUGAUGAAGCACACGGUCGUCGUGUACUGUGACCCCGCCACUCAGCUGGCUCGGCUCAUGCAGCGCGACUCCCUGAGCCGGGAGGAGGCGGAACAGCGCAUUGCUGCCCAGAUGCCCCUGAGCGAGAAGCGAGGACUGGCCAGACAUGUAAUCGAAAACUCCAGCUCACGUGAGGACACACACCGUCAGGUCCUGCGCUUACACACCGCACUGGAAGACUCCAUGGAGUACCUUCCCAUCAGAGCCGUCGCCAUGGCAGCCGUCGCCGGGCUGGGAGGACUCAUUCUGUAUAUGGUUAAUCUCCUAACAUCUUAGCCAUCAGACGCAGAACAAAAAAUCCUUUAUGCGAAUGUACUUUAUAUGCAGAUAUAACAGGCUUUGAACUCAACACAUUCCUCACACACAGCAUCAUCCUUAUCACUUACAGACACACACAUGCACUUCUGCACAGACAAGUUACAAACACGAAGCUCAUCUGAUCAGAUGCCGAUUACACUGUGGAGAUGGAUCAGUCACUGAGUUUGUGAAACAUCACAUAACCGAUUCAUUCAAAAAUUGUUAUUAAAAGGCUUGUAUGUGUGUUUUUUUAAUUAAUAACCAAAGAAAGCAACUAUAAUAUAACACUAUUGUUAUUAGGUAACACUGUAAAUAGGUUAAAGAUUCUUAUGUUUGUUUGUUUUUAUUUUUUAUUUAUUUAUUAAUUUUUAAACAUUAAUAGACUUUAUUAACUUAUUCAUUUUUUAGUGUGUAGUGUAGAAUGGGCUCACACACACACACACACACACACACAAACACAAACAAGCACACACACAAACACAAACAAACACACACACAAACACACACACACACAGGUUGGUGUGUGUUGCUAAUGAUGUGAUACAAUACAUGAAUUCCAACUUAACCUGAACUCAUUUAUUUUUUUUAAGCAAAGAUUUAAAAUUUAAAGUUUUUGUUUUGAAUAAAGCUCAGAAUUGACUUAAAACUGA